AUGACUCAAAGAUUCGCGAUCCUUAUCAGCUUCAAAGGCGAGCCUAUGAGCAGAGAGAUGACUGCCCUCGGAGACGCGCUGGCAAAGCUCCACUGGACCGUUCAUGAUAUCAUGCUGGGCGAAGACGAAGACGACACCAGGCCAGACGAGGGUGUACUCGACUUUACGCAGCAGCUUUGGGAGAAGUCCAGUCCUUGGUUAUUAGACCCACUGAAGGCAUGUUGCGAAAACCACAUUGCUCACGCCAAUCCCAAGGUUCUGUUCGAGUGGCUGGUCACCGCCACCGAAUACGAUAUCUUGUUUUUGCUAAACUGCCCGUUCGACGUCGGUGAGACCAGCCUCGAUUUGAUCCCAAGAUUACAGCAGCGCGAUGCGACUGGUGCCAGAACUGUGCAGUACAUCAUUCCAAAGGAAAGAUAA